AUGAGCUAUUGUCUCCUCACACCCUUGACCAAACUGGCGGUGGCAUAUUUCCUCAAAUAUGUGCUCCUCAGAAGCUGGGUAAAUGGACACGAGAACCAGCCACGGGAGAAAGGAGUCUUCUUUUUGAGUCGAAUCACUUACUGGUGGUUUAGCAGAGUGGUGGCGGUGGGCCAGAGACGGCCACUGCAGCUGGAGGACCUGAGUCCAGUGAGUGAGGAGGACUCUGCCAAGCAUGUCUGCUCUACUUUCCAACAGCACUGGAAGGGUCAGGAGGAGGCCGCUGGCAAGGACGAGAACGCUGACGGGGCAGAGGCGGAGGGGCUCUUGUUUGCUGGCUCUGUCCACCAGGGCUUCCGCCUCCUCCACGCCCUCUGGUUGACCUUCUCCCCGUCCCUGCUCCAGGUGGGCCUCCUGAGGCUACUCACAGACCUGCUGGAGCUGCUGGCUCCCCUGGCCCUCAGAUGGAUAAUCCUCUUCAUUGAGAACCAGGCAGUGUACGACUGGCAAGGGCGCACAUACAUGCUGGCACUGGUUGGCAUCGUCGUUUGCCAAUCUCUUGUUGAGCAGCUCUGUGAGAAACACAGUGGGAUGACCGAGGCUAAGGUCCAAGUUGCACUGACUGGGAUGCUAUACAGAAAGCUCUCAUGUGUUUCCAGUCAUUCUCAUCACCAGGGUGCUGGCGUGGCCGCCCACCUGUCGGGGGACAUUGAGAGGGUGGCAGGUCUGGUGGGCACCCUGCCCCUGCUGCUGUCCUGCCCCCUGCGCGUGGCACUGUGCCUGGGCCUGCUUUGGCGGGAGCUGGGCCCCGCCGCCCUGGUGGGCCUCACCGGGCUGCUGCUGCUCAUACCGCUCAACUCAGCAGCGGAGCGCAGGGCCAGCCAGCUGAAGAGGAGUCAGAUGACAGUGAGAGAGGACAGGGAGGCGCUGCUGACAGAGAUGCUGGCGGAGAUCAAGAUGCUGAAGCAGUUGGCCUGGGAGGCCUGGUUCCAGGAUCGUGUGACAGCGGCACGAGAGAGAGAGCUGGAGACGCUAAGCAUUCUGGGAUAUCUGACGGCCUUUCUUAUGCUGAGCCGCGUGUGUGAGCCCUUCCUGGUGUGUCUGUCCAGCCUGGGGGCAUUUGUCCUGAUGCAUGAUGGGAAUGUUCUCACCGCAGCACAAGUGUUCACCUCCAUCUGGCUCCUCCGGCUACUGCGCCCGCCACUGUUCCACCUCCCGAACCUCUCGCCCAUCUUGACUCAGGCGAAGCAUUCACUGUGCCACCUGGAGAGCAUCUUUUGCACUGAGACCACAGACUUAGACUGUUGCCAUCCAGGCACCACAUCAGAUGGAGCUGAACUAAGCCUAUCGUCGAGUUGCCUGACGGAGGCUUUGUACAGGAGCAGCCAAGAUGACCAGCUCAGUGAAAUCAAAGUGGAGAUGGACCGCGCAUCCACCAGUGGAUCUGGAGCAGACAUGCGAGGGUACCUGCGUGCCUUCGGCUGGGGCUGGGCGGGGCUGGCCCUCGCGGCCCAGCUGGGCCUGGUGCUGGUGUCGGUCGGACAGGACGCGCUGCUGGGCCUGUGGACCAGCGAUGCCAAGGAGGUCCAGGGUCUCGAGGGCUGGACGGAGCUGAGGGACUCACGCCUCUCUCUGUACGCAGUGCUGGGGCUGCUGCAAGCCAUACUUGUGUGUGGGGCUGCCCAUUUCCUGACCCAGGGUUCUCUAAGGGCCGCAGGUGGACUCCAUAGUGGGCUCCUGUCUGACGUGCUGCACCUCCCCCUCCACUUCUUCCGGAACACUCCGCCCCAGAGCGUGCUGCAGUCCUUCACACGGGACAUGUAUGUGAUUGAGCAUCAGGUCCCUGAGCGCCUGCACGUCUGGGCGCACUCCCAGCUGGAGAUGUGUGCCGUUGUUUUUCUCAUCUCGGUCAUAACACCCGUUUUCAUCCUGGCAGCUGGUCCUCUUCUCAUACUCCUAGUGUGGGUCCAGUCUCAGUACACAUUUGUUUUGAGGCGCAUGAAGUGUUUGGAAAUCGCCUCUCAUCUCUCCGUGAAAGCUCUAUUUCGAGAGAUGCCGCGCGAUGAGAAUGGUGAUGCCGUCAACUCUGCAGAUUUCAGCUAUCAAGAUCGGAGUGACCACCACCAGACGCUCCAUGACCACUUGGUGUGCCACUUCAACAAAAUCAUAAUGGCCAGUUGGGUCUCAUUGCGGUUAGACGCCAUCCUGUGGGUCCUGGUUUUCCUGGUCACUGUCAUCCUGAUGGACAGUGCCGACACCGUGGAUUCUGGGAUUGUGGGCCUGGCGCUCUUGUACACACUGAGGAUGCGGGGAGUUUUUCACCAGUGUAGAAAGGCAUCCGCUGAUGUUCAUGACUGCAUGCUGUCUGUGAGGAAAGUGGCUGAAUAUUCGAAUCUGGAGAAAGAGGCCCCGUGGGUGCUGCCCUGCAGAGUCCCCCCUGGCUGGCCACAGAGGGGAGAGAUCGAGUUCAGAAACGUUGAGACCAAAUGUCCAGACGGCCACCUACCAGCGCUCAGGGGACUGUCCUUCCACAUACAGAGAGGAGAGAAGGUAGCCGUGCUGAGCAGGGAGAGGGCUGGGAUGGAGGCAUUGGUGAGCUGCCUGCUUCGGACGCUAGAGGACGUUAGUGGGACGUUGCUGAUUGACGGAGUCGACGUGGCCUGUCUGGGCCUGCAGGAUCUGCGGCGCCGAAUUAAUGUCAUCCCUCAGGCGCCUGUGGUGUUCUCAGGCUCGCUGCGUGCCAACCUGGACCCAGCCAGGAUGCUUCCUGACGCCCAGGUAUGGUGGGCACUGGAUCUGUGCCACCUGAAGGAGACAGUGCAAGUGCUGCCAGGACAGCUGCUGCACCCAAUGCAGGAUGGCGCUGCCAGUCUCAGUCAGGGUGAAAAGAGGCUGCUCUGUGUGGCUAGAGCGCUGCUGAGGGGCUCCAGUGUCCUGCUGGUGGAGGAGCCGCUGGCCUCCGUGGAGCCCGAGGCAGAAUGUCUGGUCCAGCAGGUCAUCCACACAGAGUUCUCCGAGUGCACUGUCCUGACCUUGACCCAGAAUCUGCACACUGUAAUGGACGAACACAGAGUGUUGGUAUUGGACAUGGGCCGAGUGGUAGACUUUGACACGGCCUCCAACGUCUUCCAGAGGAACGUAGCCUUGACUCCGAGAGCCCAGACUGAUGCACUCAAAGGAACGCAGCCUUGACUCCAAGAGCAGACUGAUGCACUCAGAGGAAUGCAGCUUUGACUCCGAGAGCCCAGACUGAUGCGCUCAGAGUCUCCGGCAGCUGGAAGAGAAGCAAGUGAUUCAUGUGGACACCACUGUUUGGCUGCUACUACCUCAAACUGAAGCACGAGGUGUGCUCACAUUCGCAAAAAAAAAAAAAACAAACAUGUGUGGCGCUUUUUUUUUAUUUUGCUUUUGUUGUGAACACGUGCCAACACGGAUGAAUAGUUUGAAAUUGGAAUGUUUACACAAAAACGUUCAAAUCGAAAGGUUAAAAGAAAAAGGUUUGUCUCUGUUCAAAGCAUGUUAACACCUCUCAGGUCUGUUGAGGCUGGACUGGAAUGUCUUUGUGGCAUUCUCCCAGUAGGAAGAGGCCUUGAAUGCUCUUAGUUUAGAGUGAAGUACAUUCAGCUUUUUGGCAGCUUUCACAUUAUAACACACAAGAGCACAAUCACUGAUGAAUAAAAAUGCCCUUCUCUGCACUGUGGUUUUCUAGUUGGGACACAUGUACCUAAAUUCAUGCCAUGACAGUUGAAUACUUCUUCAUUUGACUUUUGUACGCUCUGACAGGCAGUAACAGUAACAUGAUGAAAGUCAGGUGCCAUGCAGCACUUGUGCCAGUGCAAGUACUAGUCCAGUGGUUCCCAACCUGGAGUCCGCAGAUCCCACUAGGGGGCGCCAGAGAGUGCAAGGGGUCCGCACAAUGCUGCCUGGGCUGAGGUUAUAUAUAUGUAUAUAUAUAUAUAUUAUAUAUAUAUAUUAUAGAGAUUGCAGGGGGUCCGCACAAUGUUGCCUGGGCUGAGGUUGUAAGAUAACCAAAAUUAUAUUUGCGCACAUUAAAUGUAUAAAAUCCCAAUAACACACCCAAUUGGAUAAUCAAAGUUCUGUAUAAUCCAAAUUAAAACAUAUUUUUCCACAUUUAAAUUCAUGUAGCUAUUUAUUACCUCUGACCUCUGAACUUAUAAGUUUGUAAUUAAUCGCUUUAUUCUUUUUGUGUGUGUAUGUGGGAAGGAGUUCGGGUAGGGGGCACUCUUAGACACAGCCAAGGGGGCCUUCAAGGAAAAAAGGUUGGGAAACACUGGACUAGACAUUUCAUUUGAAAUCUCAAUCUCAAAUGCUACAGAUCUUUUACAUUUUCCAAAGGUUUUCAGUUUUAUACAAGCAAUAUUAUGGUAAGUGCUAAAUUAUUAUACACUGUAUAAAAUUAUCUUUAGACUUCAAAUGUAAUAUGUUACAAUGUAUAUACUGUACCAUUCAUGAUUUUGUUUGUUAUUUAUUACAACUUAUUUAUAACUGGUCUGAGCAUUAAAGCACAUUAUUCAAUUUUCCUGUAAAAA